CUCAGAGCUCGAAACACGCAGAUUCUCAAGAAGUUGAUAAAAAACAUAAAUGUUUGAAGUUGGACGAAGCUGAAUACUUCACAGGUCACAAUGAAGACUCUGGUGUUUGUGUCUCUCGUGGGAUUAUUCCUCCACGACACGACGGCAGUGAUGCACUCUAUGAAGUAUUUCUACACGGCGUCUUCUGAAGUCCCAAACUUCCCAGAGUUUGUGACUGUUGGGAUGGUUGAUGAUUUUCAGGUAGAAUACUACGACAGUAACACCAAGAGAUUCGUACCCAAACAGGACUGGAUGAAGAAAGCCACAGAGGAUGAUGCUGACUACUGGGAGAAGGAGACUGAGCUCUCUAAGGUUAAACAGCAGACCUUCAAAGUCAACCUUGACAUUGCAAAGCGGCGCUUCAACCAAACUGGAGGUCUUCACAUUUACCAGGAGAUGUACGGCUGUGAGUGGGAUGAUGAGACUGGAGAUGUUAAUGGUUACACUCAGCAUGGUUAUGAUGGAAAAGACUUCUUAGUUCUGGACCUGAAGACAAUGACGUAUAUCGCUCCACAACAACAGGCUGUCGCCACCAAACAGAAGUGGGAUAAAGACAAAGCUGAGUUAGAGAAUAUUAAGGACUACUUCACCAAGG